CUACAAGGGCCGGGCGGCAGAGGAGGAGGCGGACAAGAAGAUGCCACUGUCGCCGCCACCUCAGGGCGACCACGCGGAGUCCAGCCCGUCCAGGACCCCCAAGAAGCAUACCCCUUUCCAUAUCUGGCGCUCCAAGAAGAAGCAGCAGCCUCUGACGUCGGACUGGGGGGUGUUCGUUCCGCACCCGCCCCCGGCGCCCCUCUGCGAGGCCAGGGCUUUGGAGGUAGAGGAUGGAGGCCAUGUGGCUCCGGAGUGCCAGAGACUUGCACUGCAUGAUGGGGAAUCCCAGCUCCUUCACACCACCGCUGAAGGGCCUGGCCCUUUACCUCUGGAACCAGGAAUGUUUAGAAAGUCCAGAGCACAACCCCCAGAAGAAAACAAAAGGAAGCCAGUUUUGGGGAAGCUUGGCAAUCUGUUCACGGCUGGAAGGAGAAGGACCAGCAGAAACGGGUUAGAGAGUCCCACCAGCUCCAGUGCCAAAUCAGUGUCUCCCAAAGAUGUAACCUCUUCCAAACCCCCGGAAAGAGAGAAUAAGAGUAAACCUCAGGGCGGCCAACCAAAGCAGAAAGACACGUGCGAGGAGGGUUCCUCGCAGGAGCAGCCCCGGGAGUCGGAGGAUCGCCCCGAGACCUGUGUGCAGGAGGCCCCCCCUGACGCCGAGCUGUCACCUUGCACGAGCAGCCGCGCAGCGGCGGCGGCUGUGCAGCAGUGCCAUGAAGGUGAUUCACUCCAAUUAGAACCUCUGGAGGCAGAGGGAGAGUCUUUCCCAGGUGCCACCACCGCUGCCAAGCAGCUGCAUUCCUCACUUGAGAAUUCCUCGGGGCAAGGCAGCGCAGAUACGCUGGCCGGCAGUCCGGGGAAGGACGCUGCACCCGGCGCUGGCUGCGAGCAGGACACAGCCCAGGGCGCGAGGGCUGUGCCGAGGUCGCCCACCGGGGAGCGGCCCGCGGGGGGGCUAGGCGAGGCCUCUGACAGAGCUCCCCGUGUGUGCGCCGGGGCAGACUCUCUGGAGCCCCAAGACGCGUACAGCCUGCCCUCCGAGGACGCGUCGGCUCCGCCAGGGGACCCUCCGGCCGAGCGCGAGGUUAACUGUUCGGACGCGGCGCAGGCAGACGGCCAAGCGGGACCCCGAGGGCGACAGUGCCGGCCCGGCGCCCACCCCGCCACGGUGUUAACGUUGGACAUCUACUUGAGCAAGACUGAGGCGGCCCAGGGGGACGAGCCGGGCGCGAUUCCUCCGGGGGCAGAAGAUUGCGGCGAUUCUGACGACAUGGAGAAGAGGUCGGGCGGCCGCAGGUCGGGCAGGCGGAGAAGGUCGCAGAAGUCCACCGACUCCCCCGGGCCGGACACGGCGCUGCCGGACAGCGCGGGCAGGGACGACGCGGUUUUCGACUACGAGGUGGCGCCAAACACGGCCACGGAGAACGGCUCCGCGGAAAAGAAAGUGAAAUCUCCGCGGGCGGCCCCCGACGGGGGCGUUGCCUCCGCAGCGGGCGCCGAGUCCAAGUCCAGCCCCGGGCCCAGGGGGCCGCUCCGCGGGGAGUCCGAGCGGGGCAAACAGCCGCCGCCCGCCUCGUCCCCCACCAAGAGGAGGGGCAAGAGCCGCGUCCCCGAGGCCGCGCCCACCUCGCCGGCCGGCGGCCCUCGGGCUCCCGCCAAGGAGUCCCCUCCGAAGAGCGCGCCAGCGCCGGAUCCCGUCGCCAAGGGCGCCGCGGGGGACAACGGGGAGGAGGCGGCCCGGGUCAUCCCCCGCGAGCUCACCGUCAAGAGCAGCUCGCUGCUGCCGGAGAUCAAGCCCGAGCACAAGAGGGGCCCGUUCCCCAACCACUUCGACAGCCGGGGAGAAGGAAGUCGAAGCAAAGAGCCGGGCAGAUCGGCCGGUGGUUCGGACGUGGACGGCUUGAAGCCCAGGCACCAUUUCGGGGUGGGCAGGUCGACGGUGACCACUAAAGUGACCCUCCCGGCCAAGCCCAAACAUGUGGAACUAAAUCUUAAAACUCCCAAAAAUCCUGACAGUUUGGGAAAUGAGCAUAAUCCAUUUAGCCAGCCGGUCCAUAAAGGAAACACUGCCAACAAGAUCUCCUUAUUCGAAAACAAACGGGCCACCAGUAGCCCAAAAUAUGCUGAUGUUCGCAGCACGAGGAACUCUCCUGCCUGCAAUAAGACCUUUGUCGGGAGGGCGAAGCUGAAUUUAGCCAAAAAAGCCAAAGAGAUGGAGCAAUCUGAAAAGAAAGGCACAGCAAAUAGUCACCAGAAUGGUAUGCUGGCGAAGGAGAGCUCGCCAGAACCCAAAGUUACGGAGGAGGAGAUCCCACCAGCCACCGGGAGCCCCAGCGCAGGAGGGGCGGAGGGCGAGCCUACCGAGGGUCAAGCUCUCGGUGCUCCGCUUACCCGGGGUGAUAGAGCAGAAGUGCAGAUAGAUGCAGGCUGCCCUUCCAAAGUGGUGGUUACUGCCCUGAUUCCUGCCACUGACCACAAGCCCUUAGGAGAGGGUCACUCAACGGCUGCAGACAGCAGAAGUCUUGCCCUCGAAACUAUGACUGAUCUGGCUCAGGACAUUCCUGCUGUUCUUGGUACCAAAGAUUCCCCUCCAACAGCCAGACCAAAGCCACAGGAUACAUUUUCUGACUCACAGCCCCCAGCUGAGUCAUCUAACGGGCCUUCUCGCUCACAGCCCGCACCCGGAGACGCAUGUGUUCAAGCUCCCGGAAGCAGUGUUCCAUGCACCCAUGUAGAAGUGUCAGAAAACCAUCACGGAUGUGUUCUGCCUGUGUCACAUAAGAAUGAGGAGAGAAUACUGCCCUCCAGAGUUGCAGGGGGAGGAGAAGGAGGGGCCGCAAGCCCUGCUCCGUGCACAGAGCACAGCCCGGAAGCUGUGGGAACCGAACGUCCAUCCAAGGUGCUGGUCCAGGUCCGGUCCUUCGUGCUCCCCGUGGAGAGCACCCAGGAUGUGGGCUCCCAGAUCAUCUCAGAGAGCUCCGAAGUUAGAGAAGCACAGUUGCCAAGCUGUCACAACGAUGACCUUGAAGUGGUUUCUGUUGCAAGCUGUGCUCCCCAGAAAGCAGAAGGGCUGGGCGGUGAGAGCACGUCUCCCGAACACAUUCUUUGCAAAGAGGAACAAGCAGCAAAAUCUGACCCGCAAGUCAUGCCGCCAGAAUCAGAGAAAACUCAGCCUAUCCAGGCUCAAAGUCAGGGUGACCGAAAACCCCCGAAGGCUGACCCCGGCCCUGUCGGCUCCCCUGGGAGCAGAAACCCUCUAGAAACUCCCCAAAGGCCGGAUCAAAAGGUUGUGAAUGGCCAGGCCAGCCCUGCCAGUCUUCUGAACAUGUCUGCGGGUAGUGAUGACAGUGUAUUUGAUUCUUCAUCGGAUAUGGAAAAAUUCACCGAAAUUAUCAAAAACAUGGACAGCACCGUCUGUGUGCCUCAGAAGAAAAAGAAGGCCAGGGUGCCCAAUUCCCCUGCCCCUCCCUUUGUGAUGCCUCCGAUUCAUGAGGACAAUUUAGAAAAAGUGUUAGAUCCCAACGUGUUUACCUUUGGUCUGGGGAAGAAGAAGGAAAGCCAGACAGAAAUGUCACCAGCUUUACAUCUGAUGCAGAACCUUUACACAAAACCCAACCUGAGGCCCAAACGCACAUCUACCGAGCAGAGUAUCCUCUUCAAGUCCCUGUACACUAACGGGAAAGACGACCCUUCCAUGGCUCCGGAGACAAAGGACAAAGAGAACAAAGAUGUCCCCAAUGGCGGAAUUAAGAGAUCAAGGCUAGAGAAGAGCGCACUCUUCUCCAGCCUGCUGCCUACUUCACCGCAAGACAAGAUCUUUUCUCCCUCUGUGACGUCAGUCAGUACCAUGACCACGUCUUUCGGCACUCCUCACAACACUUCUCUUUCUCGGGCUUCCGCGUUACCGCCCAGGGCGGAGGGGGGCCCCCCCUGCGGUGCAGACCGAGAGCAGCCAAACCUUCCCCCCAGCAACGGAAAGGUCUUCAAUUUUGAUGCCACAGAUGCGGCUCCUUCGGGCUUGAAAAGCACAAGCUACAUGGAGAGAUACCUGCCCAAAGAGGAAACCAAAGAAGACCUGGAUUCACGAAGCAACCCACACUUGCCAGAAACCCAGCUUUCUGAAUUUUCUAAACUGAAGAACAGUGAUGAUCCGGAAAAGGCUAAUCGUGUCGGAAGCGUUCUUAAGCCCAACUUGCCAAACUAUGGAAAUAGUGAUGCAGACUUCAUGGGUCUUUUCAAAUCCAGCCGGUUUGACCCCAGCGUGUCUUUUUCUGCCAUGUCCUUAUCAGAUACGACCACCCUCAGAGGAAGUCUUACAAAUAAAAUCAAUCCCCGGCCUGGAAAGGUAGUGAUCUUCAGGGACCCGGAUGUCUCUGAUGAGUGCAUUGAAGUUUUCAGUGACGUUGAGGAUUGCAGCUCUUGGAGCCUCUCCCCGGUGGUCAUUGUCAAGGUCGUCAGAGGAUGUUGGAUUCUGUAUGAGAAACCUAAUUUUGAAGGGCACACCAUCCCCUUAGAAGAAGGAGAAUUGGAACUCUCUGGUCUCUGGGGUUUAGAAGAUGUUUUGGAAAGAAAUGAGGAGGCAGAGUCCACUAAGCCCGUGGUGAUUGGUUCAAUCAGACAUGUGGUCCAGGAUUACAGAGUUAGUCAGAUUGACUUAUUCACUGAACGGGAAGGGUUAGGACUCCUGAAUUCUUACUUUGACGACACUGAAGAGAUGCAGGGGUUUGGUAUAAUGCAGAAGACUUGUUCCAUUAAAGUACAUUGGGGCACGUGGCUGAUUUAUGAAGAACCUGGAUUUCAGGGUAUGCCUUUUGUCCUGGAACCUGGUGAAUACCCCGACCUGUCCUUCUGGGACACAGAAGAAGCGUACAUUGGAUCCAUGCGGCCUCUGAAAAUGGGCGGACGUAAAGUUGAAUUCCCUACAGAUCCCAAGGUAGUUAUUUAUGAAAAGCCUUUCUUUGAAGGAAAAUGUAUGGAAUUAGAAACAGAAAUGUGCAGUUUUAUCACUGAAGCAGAUGAAACAGAAGAGAAGACAGAUGACAGUUUGCCAUUUACGUCCGUGGGCUCGAUGAAAGUGCUGAGAGGAAUUUGGGUUGCUUAUGAGAAGCCUGGGUUUACAGGUCAUCAGUAUCUGCUUGAAGAAGGAGAGUACAAGGACUGGAAAGAUUGGGGAGGUUACAAUGGAGAACUUCAGUCUUUACGGCCUAUAUUAGGUGAUUUUUCAAACGCUCAUAUGAUAAUGUACAGUGAAAAAAACUUUGGAUCCAAAGGUUCCAGUAUCGACGUAUUAGGAAUUGUUGCUAACUUAAAGGAGACUGGAUAUGGAUUGAAGACACAGUCUAUUAAUGUACUGAGUGGAGUAUGGGUAGCCUAUGAGAAUCCUGACUUCACAGGAGAGCAAUAUAUACUGGAUAAAGGCUUGUACACCAGUUUUGAAGACUGGGGAGGCAAAAGUUGUAAGAUCUCUUCUGUUCAACCCAUUUGUUUGGAUUCUUUAACUGGCUCAAGGAGACGAAAUCAGAUUCGGUUGUUUUCGGAACCACAGUUUCAAGGUCGCAGUCGAGGGUUUGAAGAAACAACCAGUCAAAUCGACGAUUCCUUUUCCACCAAGUCUUGCAGAGUUUUAGGAGGUUGCUGGGUUGCGUAUGAUGGAGAAAAUUUCUCCGGGAAUCAGUACGUGUUGGAGGAAGGCCACUAUCCUUGUCUCUCUGCGAUGGGAUGCCUGCCCGGAGCAACUUUCAAGUCUCUUCGUUUUAUAGACGUUGAAUUUUCUGAACCAGCAAUUAUUCUUUUUGAAAGAGAAGACUUCAAAGGAAAAAAGAUUGAACUUAAUGCGGAAGUAGUUAAUCUCCGAACCCUAGGAUUCAACACACAGAUACGCUCUGUUCAGGUGAUUGGCGGCAUAUGGGUUACUUACGAAUAUGGCAAUUACAGGGGUCGGCAGUUCCUACUGUCACCAGCGGAAGUCCCGAAUUGGUACGAGUUCAGUGGCUGUCGCCAAAUAGGUUCUCUACGACCUUUUGUUCAGAAACGAAUUUAUUUCCGACUUCGAAACAAAGCAACGGGGCUGUUCAUGUCCACCAAUGGAAACCUGGAGGAUCUGAAGCUUCUGCGAAUACAGGUCAUGGAGGACGUCGGUGCCGACGAUCAGAUUUGGAUUUAUCAAGAAGGGUGCAUCAAAUGCAGGAUAGCGGAAGACUGCUGCCUGACGAUCGUGGGGAGCCUCGUGACCUCUGGCUCGAAACUGGGCCUUGCCCUCGACCAGAAUGCUGACAGUCAGUUCUGGAGCAUGAAGCCAGAUGGCAGGAUCUACAGCAAGUUGAAACCGAAUUUAGUUUUAGAUGUCAAAGGGGGUACACAGUACGACCAAAAUCACAUUAUCCUCAAUACUGUCAGCAAAGAGAAGUUAACACAAGUGUGGGAAGCCAUGGUCCUAUAACCCUGAAGAACGCAGGAGGAAUGCUUCUGGAGGUCUUCGAGCUGCUUGAAAAUGGACAGAGCCAAGAGGAAAGGGGACCUGCUCCUUCUUCAGUAGCUCUAGUUCUACCCCUGAAUGACACUGCCAUGACCAGGACUCCGGUCUCAUCUUUUCAAAAGACUGUAAUAGUUUUAAACCAACCAUUUGUCCUUCUUUCAUUUCCUGCCUUUCAUCUCCUUUCAGUAGCUGCUUAACAGGUUGCCUCAUUAGCAGCUUUUGGGUGUUUAAAAAAUGCUGUAUCAAGACUCUGUACAUUUUAAAUUAUUUCCAAAGAUCACGACAGGAGAGAAGAGGAACAAACUUCGAGUAGACUCUGUGGGCCUACCCAUGCCUUACACUUUAAAGGGAAGGAUAAAAGCUCAAGUUUUAGCAUCUGAGAAGAAAUAAUGUGUCAGGCCACUAAUUUUGGUUCCUCUGUUUUCUGGAAUCAUAAAUUACGCUCUAUAGCAAAGUAGGGAAAGGCUUAUCCUUUUGUUAGUAUUGAACGCUAGUAAGUUUACAAGAUUUCAUGUCCUGUCCGCUAAUGUGAGCAGGAUUUGGAUGAUUUUAACCCACUCAUGGGCUGCCCUGAAAUGUCACAAACGAGUGUCAUUUAACGCUUUUCUCACAGACGCCACGGGAAUAGCGUUCCCGGGAUCCAGUUUACCACUCAUCUACAGUUCGUUCUGACGUGAUGUCCUAUGAGCCUUUGCUGAGCUCAGGCCUGUCACCUCAGACCCCGGCAGCGGACAUGAGAGAUGGAGGCAGCAAGCGGGGGAUGACUGGCAAUUCUCCAGCACAUGAAGGGAGGGAGGCCUGGAGUAUUGCUUGUUCAAAUCGUAGAACUCGGGAAACCCUAAAAUGCAGCAUUUUAGGAAAAAAUGAGAGUUUAACCACUGACAAUACACUGGUCCGCACGGUGCUAUUCAACCAGUGCCUUCUGGUUUUGAACAAAACUGCUUGACCUUCUUCGCAUAUACUCUUCCUCUUCUUGUCCUUAUUUCAUUAGCCUCGUUAAUGCUGGUGCUCUCAUCCCAGGAGGGACAAAUCUCGCUUCCUUUCUAGCUGUUCCAGUGUCUUUCCAGGGCUAACGCUGCUCCUCUCCGCACUGCCCUGCGGUCUCGGGAGGCAGUUGUGGCCAGGAGCUUAGCUUCGGUUUUAAAGUAAACGUUUGCACGUGUCUACCAGCUGCCAGCAGGUCUGUCUUGUUCUUAGAUGUCCAGAUGGGACUUUCGACCUUUGUGCGGAUCACUACAGUGUGCGGGGGCUCAGACAUCCUACAGUCGCCGGGGUUGAAUUUCUCUCUUGAAUAAACUUGUUUCUGGUUAACCAUA